UGCAUAGGGACUAAAUGUGCAGACUCAGGUCUGUACAGGGAUUAUUUCACCACAUGAAUGUUCUCUUCUUAAAGCUGAUGUUUUUGAGGGACGAAGUGGUGUGUUUCACCAGAGGUUGAAGCUACAAAAAGAGUAACACUCAGCUACGGAGGUCAAUGGGUCUGGUCAAUGCACAUCCUGAGCUAUAUCCAGGAGACAUCAUUGAGUUUCCACGGAACAAGUACUUUUCUCACUUCGGGGUGUAUUAUGGAGAGAGAGACGGAGUUCCCUAUGUCGCUCAUUUAACAUCGCGGGAUUCUGACUCCAAGCUCCUCCUCUUUGGAAGAGCCUUGAAGUCUACAGUGAAGUUAGACCCUCUUAAUGUUGUGGGGAAAAAAUACAAAGUGAGGAACGACCUGGACGAAAAGCACCCACCGCGGGACUUUUACUCACUUGUCAAACCCGAGAUCGACGAGGCAAUUGGGAAACUGGUCACCUACGACAUCCUGUUCCACAACUCUGAGCACCAGGCCACCAUGUUUCGAUAUGGAGUUAAGAAGUCAGAGCAGAUUGAAAAGGUCUAUGCAAAAAUUGUCCCAACCUGGAAAUCACUCUUCGAGAAGAAAAAAAUGUGAGUUAAGGACAACUUGUGUUUAUUUGUUUUAAUGUUAUUAUUAUUUCUUUUUAGACUUGGCAAACCAUUAUUAUGUAUGGUUUAACAUAAAUGUCAAUCUAGUUAAUAUUAAUUUGAUAUACGGGAAAAUAGAAAAAACAAAAAUAAUUUUUGAUUUACUGGAACAAUUUGAAGCUUGGCAGCUGUGGACAAGUCCUGUUACAGUUUCAGUUUAGUUUUAUCAUUGAAGUGUUUUCUUUUCUUUUCUUUUCUUUUCUUUUCUUUUUAAUGCCUGUAUGCAGUUUCAUUAAGCUUGCUGGCUUUAUGGUACGUCAAUGCACGUUCUGAUUUAAUAACCAGUGUUAAAUUACUUUUUUAUGUAAUAUAUAUUUACAGUGUCUGUUUGAUGUUUUCAUUUUAGCUAUGGAACUUCAUUUAAAUAUCAAUAUAUCUGAUGUCCUUAUAUGGCCAGUCACUUAUUUCCACAUAUAGAUACUCAGACACAUAUUUAUAAUAGGAUAACUUUGUAUAGCAAUUAUAACAAAUUAAAUAAAAUGUGUUGUGGAUAAUAUCUUGGUGAGAUAUAAUCGUUUUCCCAUCCAAACAUUGCAGCAACCACCUGCUGUGUUUUUACUUUGUUUUUUCACUCAAUAUAUUCAAUUUUCAACAAGAGCCAAUUGUCAUAAAUAAACAAAAAGUAUGACAGUAAAGAUGCAGACAGAUUUUUUUUUUAUUGCGUAGAAACACUUUAACAGAAAUUAAUGUUACAUUUUGUGAAAUCAUAGUAGAGGAAUUUUGCUUUUUUCAUAAGACCAUAAGACUCUUGUGUAACAGCUAGUUAGGGCUGUACCAGCCAAUCAAUCAGCACUGGCUAGUAUUUUUUAAGUAAACAUUUUGUGGAGGAGUGCAAUAUAGGCCUAUUUUGUACUGCUUAUUAUUUGCAUUACUUUUUUAACAAACACCCAUAUAUACUAUACUGUUACUGUGACAACAUGUGUGUCAUGUUGCUUUAGUCCAGGUUCAUGCAAGAUGCUUGAUGGAAAACUUUAGAAAAAAAAUGAUCAACAAUGUACGUUUAUUUGUACUUUUCGAUUUGUCAGCUACUAUUUCCCAUAUAUUUUCAUUAUAUGUAAAAAGAAUAAAAAUGCUUAAAAUUUCAUAUAGGAAAGGCUAAAUUAUCUCAGAAUUUCAGCCCUAUUACCGUAAGAUUAGAUUAAAACACUUACUAUAUUAUUACUACAGUCUAUCAGAUAGCACAGCACACUGCACCUCAGUUGUCUCUCCAUUUAAACUGUAUUGUACAUGACCACCUUAUACCCUUUGCAGCACAGAAAAAAGUCACUAAGAUGAAUUCUCAUUUAACAGUAAUAACAGUGUCCUAUUAUGCCAUUAAAGCUGACCACUAGGUGGCAAUAGUGGUUUACUGUACAGUAUCUCUAUAUUAUACCUAAUUCAUUCUACUCCGGCUUUUCAUUCAUGAUUAUUCUUUGUAUUUUAAAAAAGCUCAUUAAAAACUGCAUGGUGAA